AUGGAGAUAUUCCAGCAUGACCCAAGACUUCCAGCGGCUCAUCAAGCGGGCUCGGAGAGGAUCAAUGUUGGCCCGGAUGAGGGCCAUGGCACCACCGCUACGAAGGGCACGGGCACUGAUGUCCUUGGAUUGGAGCCCCAAGGAGGAACCAAUGUCUUUGCAGCUUCGUCGAAGGGUGGAAGUCAAGUCUUGGGCGGUGAUGGAUGUGGCAGUGCCGUUGGUGAAGGCAGUGAAGAGGGGCGUGUCUGGAGGGGCUCCAGAUUGCCGCAAAUGAAGCACUUGUCGGACUGUAGCCUGGACGGGUCAGAGCAAGGGAUCAUUAGUAACACCGCGGGAAACUGCUUGACCGGCCUCACCAUUCUUUUGGGUGGUGAAGUAAAGCAGAACCAUGGUGGCUGCUGCAAGUUGGUCCAGGGGAGCGGUUGCAGCGUUGUAACGGCCAGUGGGCAUUUGGAAGGUGACAUCUUGAAAGGGGUGGUUGUUGCGGGAGUAGUAGGUGUAUUCGCCAGGGCGCAACAGGAAGAACCAGCCCAGGAGCAGCAUGUUUUGGAUGGUUUGGUGAACCGGGGAGUGGGAAAGCUGACUAAACACAUGUUGGAGCAACUGGAGUGGAAUCGGUCUGGUCUUGUCGGGAGGCGGGUCAGCUUUCUUGUGAGCGCGGGAAAGGUUGUGGAGCUCUAG